AGAGUCCUGGGACCAGGUCUGGUCUAGGUGGCCUCAGCCCUACUACCCUCUGGGCGCUCAGGUGGGUGCAGACCCCCCGGGCGGCCGCUGCGCGGAGUGGCUCCGCCCCGAACUGUCACGGACAGCGCAGGCAGGCGCAGGGUGCACCCCGGAGGCUGACGUAGUUGGAGACAUCUGCGGAGCCCAAAGUCUCCCCGGCCCGCCAGUGACCACGGCCCUCAGGGCGCCACCCCCGGCCCCGCCCCAGGCGUCCCCGCGCUACCGUUUGGCGACACUGCGGCAGGCAGCGGGCGCGUUGCCAUGGCGGCCGGGCGCGCGUAGCUGGCGGUGCCCAGCUCAGCCGGGCAGGCUCACAGGCGGCGGCCAGCUUAGAGGGGAUCUGCCCGGAAAAGGACCCUCCAGACAAGGGAUCUGACCCAGAAGAAAGCUGCUGGAGAAGGGAUCCCAGACCGGAGCGUUGUCCAGGGUCGGAGUUCCAAUCUGCGCGCAGGCCCUUCUGAGCGCCAAGAUGCAGGCCAUGGACCCAACCUCUCGGGGCUUCUAUGAGGAAGAUGGCAAGGACUUGGACUUCUACGACUUCGAGCCGCUCCCCACUCUGCCGGAGGAUGAGGAAAAUGUGUCUCUGGCUGACAUUCUCUCCCUGAGGGACAGAGGCCUCAGUGAGCAGGAGGCCUGGGCCGUUUGCCUAGAAUGCAGCCUGUCCAUGCGGAGUGUCGCCCAUGCAGCCAUCUUCCAGACCCUGUGCAUCACACCUGACACCCUCGCCUUCAACACCAGUGGAAACGUGUGCUUCAUGGAGCAGCUCAGUGAUGACCCCGAGGGUGCCUUUGUACCCCCAGAAUUUGACCUGACUGGAAACACCUUUGAGGCUCACAUCUACUCCCUGGGGGCCACCCUGAAGGCUGCCCUGGAGUACGUGGCAGAGCUGGAGCUGGAGCCCAGGAUGAGCCCAGACCUAGAGGGACUGCUGAGCCAGAUGCAGGCAGAAGAUCCCAGGGACCGGCCGGACCUGGAGAGCAUCAUAGCACUAUGCGAGGAGAAGCUGCAGCCUGUGUCCUCAUGCCGCCUGUGCCGCAGUCUCUCCGCCAUUGGAAGGCGGGUGCUCUCCAUCGAGUCCUUCGGAGCGUUCCAGGACCUCAGCGAGAACACAUGGAGGGGAAGACCUGCUCCAAGAAAUGUGGGCCCCAAGAAGAUGCCUGGGGACCUCAGCACUGAUCCAGAGGCACUGUCCUCCCCAAGGGGCCUACUCCAGCCUCCUGCCUCCACAGAUGCAGAGCAGGAGGCCAGUCAUCGGCCCAGAGCCUCUUCCCCCAAACCCCUGCUGUCAGCCCCUAUGAGAAAUGGUGAAAGCCCUGGACAGGAAGGGCUGGCCAGCCUUGUCCUGGAUGCCAGGUGCCCCCUGGGCGAGCUGGACAGAGACAUCCUCAGGAGAAGCCGACUAAAAAAAGCUCAGACGUUUCCCAGGCUACUGCAGGAAAGCCCAGAGGCCAGCACUCUCUGCCUAUCACUGACCAGCUCAAGAAACCAGCUGACCAUAUCUGAGUUCUUCCCCCCAGACUCCAAGAAGCUCUUCCUGGAAGGGAAAAAUGGCCUUUCUGGCUUCAAGGCACAGUCCAAAAGCAGACUUUGGCCAGAGCAGGAGCCUGGAAUCGAGCUGGAUAUGGCACCAGGUGCGGGCCGUAAUCCACAUAGGAGUCCGGGAGCCUCGGGACAGCUGGAGGCUUCAUCUUCUAGCCAGGGACCUGUGGAACACAAACCUUUGCCCUGCCCUGUAGACCCCAGGGAUUCAGACCAUGAAGGCCAAAUACCUAGGAGUGAAGAGGGAUUUCCAGAAGGAUCCAGACAGCUGGGAAGUGCAGCCACAGAACAGAGCCUGUCCUUGCAGGACCUUCUGUCUAAGCUAGGCCGGCCCUUCAAGGAGUACGAGUUGUGGGCUUUGUGCCUCUCCUGCCUCAGCACUCUACAGACACACACGGAGCACCCAGCCCACCUGUGCCUGGACAACGUGCUGGUAGCUGAGGAUGGGACUGUGUUCUUUGGACCACCCCCUGCCAAUGGCUCCUACAACUCACUCUUCCUGGCUCCUGAGGUGUCAGAAGAGAAGCUGGUAACAGAGAAGGCCUCUGUGUACUGUGUGGCUGCAGUUCUGUGGACAGCAGCCAAGUUCAGCGUACCCCGAGACCACAAACUGGCCCUACCACGCAGGCUCAAAACACUCCUUCUGGACAUGGCCAGACGCCAUGCCUCGGAGCGGCCGUCUGCAGCUGAGGCCAUCAAGGUGUGCAGCAGCUACCUCCUUCAGCGAGGCAUGGACAGCAGCAAGAUUCUAGCCCACCUGAGGGCAUCCACCUGCAAGGUUCACCCAGAGGAAGAGACCAUUGGUCUCCAAAAUACUUUCUCAGUGGUUGAACUGAAACCUCCCGUGGCACCUGCUCCUGAGAGCAGUCCAGGCUUCCUGCAGGUCAGCAAUGAUACCAAGCUUGUCGCUGUCCCAGGGCCUGUGCCUGGUCUACCCCCCUGCUGCAAAGAAGCCUACGAACUGCCAGCAGCCUUCACCUCUGAGGCCACGUACUUUAAGCCCAUCGUCCUGGCUCAGGACACAGGUGUUGUCAGAGACCAGCUUAUUUUGUCCUCAGAGUCAAAUGAGAAGCCAGAGGAGGGAAGUACCCAGUUGGACAGGGAGGGAACAAGAAAACAGGCAGUCCAGGAGCUUGUUGAGGACAUUGACCUGAUGACAUCUGACCAGCUGCCACCUGCUCCAGAGCUACGGGGAGCAACUCCAGACCCUGCUGGUGACUCAGUGCCCCAGAGCUCAGCCAAGGAGUGCUCCUGCCUGCAUGCCCCUGCUCUGACCACCCAGCAGAAAGGAGCAUCAGGGACACCCAGCUCUCUCACUUCUUCCCUGCCCCCUGAGCACAGGCCAGAAGGUCAGGGACCACUAGGCACUGCCCUGCCCCCAGGGUCCACCUCAGCCAGCCAAGGCCCUCAUCACCCAUGUAAGCCACCCAGGGGCAAGGCUGCUGCAAGUAUAGGCAGCCCUAGGGGCCAAGAUGGUCAUCCCGAGAAGCCUCGGCCAGCAGACCGCAAGCUCUGUCCAUCCAGUGUGGAUGCCUCAUCCCCGCCCAAGAUGACAGCCUGCCCCUCACUGCAGGAAGCCAUGCGCCUCAUCCAGGAGGAAUUUGCCUUCGAUGGCUACAUGGACAACGGGCUAGAGGCGCUAAUCAUGGGGGAGUAUAUUUAUGCCUUGAAAGACCUCACCUUUGCCACCUUCUGUGGUGCCAUAUCUGAGAAGUUCUGUGACCUGUACUGGGACGAGCAGUUGCUGAAGAGCCUCUUCAAGGUGGUCAAUGGGCCAGCCUCACCAUCCGAAAGUACUUCCGAGGAGCCUGGAUCCCAGCCAGAACAUUCCCCCAGCAGAUGCUCAGUGUCCGGCAAAAGGCCCUCAUUGCACGGACUCGGCAAGGAGAAGCAAGCCACGACUUGGGGCAGUGGGGGGCCCUGCUCGCCCACAGCGCUAUCAGAUAUAGACUCUGACACGCUCUCUCAGGGAAAUUUCGAGGUUGGAUUUCGAUCUCAGAAGUCAAUAAAAGCCACAAGAGAGCAGCAACCGGAGGCUGAAGUGGAUGGACAGCCAGGCCUAAGCCAGGAGGCAACCAGCACUGCCUCAGACACAGUGGCCCAGCUGGCUAGGUCUGAGGAUGGUGGUCCAGCUGUGUCCCCAGGUGCGGCUGAUUUCCAGAACUGCAGCCCCGGCUGGUCCAGUGCCUUCUAUGAAGCUGACUGCUUUGGAGCUGACGUCUACAACUACGUGAAGGAUCUGGAGAGGCAGAAGGCUAAUGGGCACACAGAACUGGAAGGCCAGAGUCCAGAGCUGGAGCAGCAGCUCAUGAUAGAGAAAAGAAACUACAGGAAGACCCUCAAGUUUUACCAGAAACUCUUACAGAAGGAAAAACGCAACAAAGGCUCUGAGGUAAGGACCAUGCUGUCUAAACUGCGAGGACAGCUAGAAGAAAUGAAGUCCAAGGUGCAUUUCCUGGGUCUGGUCAAGAAGUACCUCCAGGUCAUGUAUGCAGAGCGCUGGGGGCUGGAGCCCUGUGAUCUGCCAGUGAUUGUGAACAUCGCAGCAGCCCCCUGCGACACACUGGAUUUCAGCCCUCUGGAUGAGUCCUCUUCCCUCAUCUUCUAUAAUGUCAACAAGCACCCAUGCAGCGGCCGGCAGAAGAAGGCUCGCAUCCUACAGGCUGGCACACCACUGGGACUCAUGGCCUACCUCUACUCCAGUGAUGCUUUCCUCGAGGGCUACGUCCAGCAGUUUCUCUACACUUUCCGGUACUUCUGCACACCGCACGACUUUCUGCACUUCCUCCUCGACCGCAUCAGCAGCACCCUAUCCAGGGCUCACCAGGAUCCUACCUCGACCUUUACCAAGAUCUACAGGCGAAGCCUCUGCGUCCUGCAGGCCUGGGUGGAAGACUGCUACACCGUGGACUUCAUAAGGAACGCGGGGCUUCUGGGACAGCUUGAGGACUUCAUCUCUUCCAAGAUCCUGCCCCUAGAUGGCACUGCUGAGCACCUGCUGGGCCUCUUGGAGGUGGGCACUGAGCGGAGGACAGACAGUUCCUCUCGAGGUGCAGACCUAGAGGAUCCGAAGGAGACAGAGGAGGACACCAGACCCUUUAACGCUCUCUGCAAGAGGUUCUCAGAGGAUGGCAUCUCCCGGAAGAGCUUCUCCUGGAGGCUGCCCCGGGGCAAUGGGCUAGUGCUGCCACACCAUAAGGAGCGCCAAUACACCAUUGCGUCAGCCCUGCCUAAGCCCUGCUUCUUCGAAGACUUCUAUGGCCCCUAUGCCAAAGCCAGUGAGAAGGGCCCUUGCUUCUUGACAGAGUACAGCACCAACCAGCUCUUCACUCAGCUGACUCUCCUACAGCAGGAAUUGUUUCAAAAGUGCCACCCUGUCCACUUCCUGAAUUCACGUGCCCUAGGUGUCAUGGACAAAAGUGCAGCCAUUCCCAAAGCCAGCUCUUCUGAGUCUCUUUCCGCCAAAACCUGCAGUCUAUUCCUACCCAAUUAUGUCCAGGACAAGUAUCUGCUUCAGCUCUUAAGAAACGCAGAUGACGUCAGUACCUGGGUAGCUGCUGAAAUUGUGACCAGUCAUACCUCCAAGCUGCAGGUGAAUUUGCUGUCCAAAUUCCUGCUGAUUGCAAAAUCUUGCUAUGAACAGAGGAACUUUGCAACAGCCAUGCAGAUCCUGGGAGGUCUGGAGCACCUGGCCGUGAGGCAGUCCCCUGCCUGGAGAAUCCUCCCCGCGAAGAUUGCUGAGGUCAUGGAAGAGCUGAAAGCUGUGGAGGUAUUCCUGAAGAGCGACAGCCUGUGUCUGAUGGAAGGACGGCGCUUCCGGGCCCAGCCUACCCUCCCCUCUGCCCACCUGCUGGCCAUGCACAUCCAGCAGCUAGAGACAGGAGGCUUCACCAUGACUAAUGGAGCCCAUAGGUGGAGUAAGCUGAGAAACAUCGCCAAGGUGGCCAGCCAGGUGCACGCGUUCCAGGAGAACCCGUACACAUUCAGCCCUGACCCUAAGCUACAGGCGCACCUCAAGCAAAGAAUUGCCCGUUUCAGCGGGGCUGAUAUUUCCAUCCUAGCAGCAGAUAACAGGGCCAACUUCCACCAGAUCCCAGGCGAAAAGCACUCCAGAAAGAUCCAAGACAAACUGAGGAGAAUGAAAGCCACGUUCCAGUAGCCAGGGGCUUCACCAGGUUGUAGACUCCAAAUGGGAACAGAUCAAGGACUAUGGGUCUUCUGGAAGGAACCCCUGAGGCUGCUGGCCAAUGCUCAGACCCACCGAGUGCCCUGGAGAAGACAAGUUUUGAUUUCCCUGAACAGAAGUGGAAGCUGCAAGGGACUAACUAGCCUGAGGCCAUGCACAGGAGGGCUGAGCCAACCUAGCCCUAUCCCCAAGGCUGGGUGUGCACAGCAUUCAAUGGGGCCCGUUUAGGCUAGAAUUUAAAAAUGAAAAGGGACUAGAUUCAGCUAUCCCCCAGGGCCUUCAGAUCUUCCCGUAGACCUGGGGUUCCCACCUACCUAUUUUUCAUUGACCUCUCUAAAACCACACCCACACCCACACCUGACUCUAAAAGAGCCCAAACUUAGCUGCUUGCUGACCUGGUAUUUUUGUUUCUACUCAGCAAGAAGGACCAAAACUGUCUUUUGCACUCAGUAGCUCCAAAAGGUCUGGAACCUUCCACUGGAGCCCAAGGUUUCUAGCAACCUGUCUUGGCCAGGUUUAUACUCCCACCCCAUUCUCAGCCUAUCCUGCCAAGCCCCUCCCACACACUCCUCCCGCCCCAGCUCCCAGAAAGUGGGAGAAACAGCCUUUGUCCAAGCUGGGCCGUCUGCCUCAGCAGUAGACCCUCCCCCACUGCCCCUGCCCCCAGCUUAGAACAGCUGCAGUUGACAGUGAUGCUGGGCAAAGGCUCUGCCCCAUGGAAAAAGAGAUAGAACACUGCACACUAAAGCAGCACCAAUGCAGGUUCGCCUUCCUGGGGCCUCUGGGAGCAAAAUCCCUUUACUGCCAUGUGGCUCGCCGCUCCCCCCGCCCCCACCCCUCCCCAAGGGCGGCUGCCUAUCAGCCUUCAGCAGCUGCGCAUGCGCACACCUAUCCACUGUGUUCCCUCAGCUCUGCACACCACCAGCGCUUUAAGACAAAGAUGUGAGUGAAGCUUGCUGUCUCAGUGGCAUCAGACGCUUUGAUUCUUGGAUCCUCAAUAGCUGGUGCUG